AUGGCUUCCAAAAAGAAUGACUUCCGAUCGCCCAAUGUUGAUACCGAAGCAAUAGACAAGUUGAACCAGAUAAACGAAUCAUCUGACUUGCAUGAUACAGUUGAGUUCAUCAAGAGUGCCAACUUGGCUAAACUUCUUAACACCUGGUCGUAUUGUAAUUCCGUUAAUGAUCAUGCUGGUUUCAUCAAGAUCACCAAGAGUUUGGCCAAGUUUACACACAAGUUAUUGGAUGACUAUAAGACUCAAGAAGAUCAUCUGGCAUUAUUGAUGGAAGCUAAACCACUUGUGGUUGAAUGGUAUAAGAGUAUUUUGCAUAACCACAUGAAGAUUAUUUACCGAUGUUUAACAAAUAACAGAAACCAAACCACAUUACCGAUUUUGCAUAUGUUGGAGAAUAUUGUUGAAUUCCAUCCCUCUACACUAGUUACUGAGUUUAUCAAUGCCUUUGAUUUCAAUAUCCCAGUGUUACCCAAGUUAUUAGUACCUGGAAGAGAUCAAUAUAUCAGAAGUCAAUUUAUAAGAUUUUGGAUUAAGUUGAAUACCCUUGCACCAUAUCACAUCAGAAAGGACAUUCUUAUAAACAAUUAUAAGAUUGCUAAUAAUUUGAUCAAACAUAUUGCAGAAGACCCUGUGGAUUUGUUAACCCAAUGGUUUGAGUUUCUAACUAAAAUGGUCCUUAUGGAGCCAAGCUUUAAGAAAUCAACCAAAUGCAAAAUUAUAAACGAUAAUACAAUGUUUAAAAUUCAAUCUUUAAUUGAUUUGCAUGUCGAAGAAUCUCAAUUCAGAUCCAUUUUCGAUAACUUUGUUACCACUUUAACCACUGAUUUCAAGUUCGGCGUUUGUUUUAUUAGCAACCCUGUAAGAAAGGAAGAUGCGGCUACCAAUGGUGGUGUGCCAAUUACAGCUUAUGGAAAAAGCUUCCGGAUACACAAUAAGCUUUUAUUUUCAUUCCUUAAAUCAUUGAAGCCUUCGGAAUCAAAUCUUCAGUUAAAUGUCGCUAUAGAAACCUUGAAAUACAAUCAAGAACUAAUUAUUCCAUACAUGUAUUGGAUUAUCCAAUCAGGUGGUGGUUUCCAUGAACCUAAUCUUUCCAGUUGGUGGAUUGGCCAUACCUUGUUCUACUCUCAGAUAUUAACUCUUCCUAUCCCAAAGAUCUUCCAUGAAGAUCAACUAGUCAUAACCAGCAACAGGUUAGUGGUGGAUAUGAUCAGCUUACCUCCUAUAAGCAGAGCUGCGUUGACCCACUGUCUUGAUGACAAGCAACCUCCAUUGGUCAGACAACUUGCUGUUCAGCUUAUCAUUUUAACUUUAAAGAGACUUUCAAAGUUCUUGCCGUACACCGAGAACAAACAAGAACUUACAAACUUGGUGUUCCAAAGACUUCCUGAUUUGGCCAAUAUCAUUCUGAUCUGGCAAAAUCAAGUCGAAGAUAAUAUAAACGAUGUCUUGAAAUUAUCAUGUUCUACUGCAGCUAACCUUUAUGAGUUGGCAAUUCCUACCAACAAUAAUGCCUUGAUCAAAUUAUGUAACAGUGAGAUCCAGAAAGUCGUUGGCUUGUCUCAAUUAUCAGGUUGGGAUUUGGUCAAUCUUGAUAAUUGUUUAUCGAUUCAAUUCCAUCAAGCAGAUCAAUCUCAACUUAGAUGGUACAGUUCUACUGCUAAUUCGCAUUCGUUGUUCACCAACCUUUUGAAGUUAGCAGCAACUGCAACUGGUACAACUUCUAAUGAAAAGUUCAUCAAUUUGAUUUCCACUUUGGUGGAAUAUAAAGCAGAUAUCCUAUUCAACCAGCAAACGUUAUGUUCUGUUGUGACAGCACUUUUCAGGUCCUUUGAAGAAGAACCAAUCCCCAAUGAAAUUGCAAAAUUGCUCGAUGAACUGGUUGGAAGAAGUAUCAAAACCCCAUAUAAAUACACAGAUCUUUCCCAUGCAAAGUACAACGAUGUUUCUAUGUUUGUGGUGGUGCUCAUGGAGCAAGUAAAGUUUGUUCAGAGUGAUAUUUCCCUUUGGUUGGGUAAAUUCCUCCGUUCAUUAAUCAUCAUUGGUGAGUCAGAAGAAGGAAUCACCAAAUUAAUUGAUGACUAUUUAAGUCCAUUAGAUUUCCUACAGAUCGACGCCAUUAAAUCAUACACUAGUUUCACUCCCAAACCAUGUUCAGAGACCCCUGACUUUGUUGAGUAUGUGUUGAACGACACCAAGUUAACCCAAGUCUCAAAGAAGAUCAUCACUUCUGAUUAUGAGUUAUGUGCUUUAUUACUCCGGUUGAAACUUCUUCUUAACGAUCAUCACGAAGCCCCAAAAGAUGAGUUGAUAAUCGAAUUGGGUAUAAAAAUAGGGCAGUACUUGAGUGCAAGUGUCAGUGGAAAUAAGAAGUUGAAACAGUUUAUUCUUAGUACUAACUUUUGGAAGCUUUUCUUUCCAGAGAGCCAGGAGGAAGCCUCUAAUGCCAAAUUGUUAAUGAGCCAUUUAAUGAAUGAAGUAUAUAUUCAGCUAGGGGAGGGUGACCUUAGAGUGAAUUCUGAAUUAUGUUCAUUCAUGUUCUCCAAGUGGUUGCACCUUGCUAGUGCUGCAGAAGCAGAUACAAACGAUUAUACCAAACUUUUGGGACAAUUCGAUUGGAUGUUCACUCUGGAACAGGUGCUUGAGUUAUUAGCAAAGAUAAACAAUCAAUACUUGAGAGCUUGCUUAUUGCGUCAUGCAUUGAAACACAAACUAAUGAUCCCAAGUAGCUUAUUCAUUAAUGUCUUGGAGAAUUGUGGUGAUGGUAACCUUGAAGCCUUUGAGCAAGCGUUAGAAUCGAGAAUAAUCCUAUUGAAGGAUAACCAAGAAUUAAAGUCUUUGAUCGAGUCAGUGAUAAACAGUAAGCAAAGUUUUUUGAAGAGUAUCUGCAUCGGAUUCCCUGAGGCAAUUGAGUUGUUAGUUGAAGUACCAACUUCACCAGCUACCCAGUUUCUUAUUGCAGAGGCUAUAGCCACCAAGAAAGUGGUUACCCCACGUACUUCGUGUUACAUGGAAGAUAUAGCUUCUAAGGCAAUUCAGUUAUACGAACAGGAUUCCAUCAACUUGAAGCAAUUACUUGAGGUUGUCAGCUAUAACGAGACCACCAGAGCUGUGUUGUCGGUUGAUACUGUGUUCAAUACUUAUAUUGACAAGAUUGGAUAUAAAUACUGCUUUACCCCGGAGUUUGCCCAGUUCAUAUCACUUAAAAACUGCAACGACAACGAUUCCCAGGUUCGGACUUGGAAACAUAAGUGUAUGCUUUAUAUCACAAAGAAGUUUGCUGAAAGCGAAACGCUACUGGAAUCUUUCGACCGGUUCUUAUUGGCUAUUAGAUGUCAAUUGAACGAUAUAUGGGACAUUGUCCCCACAAACAUCUUGAACACCCAAUUGGAGGUCAUUUUGCGUCAUAGUAAAUGGGUCCAGAAUGAACAUUACUUGCGGUAUGUGUUUGAUAUUAUUUCCAGUACUACAUCAAAGAAGCAAAUUGAUUUUGUCAAGCUGCUUCAGAUCUUUGUCAACAACGAAGCCAACGGAUUGAAUGACUUACCUCUGGAGUCAAAUUUCGAAUGCAGGUUUGUAUCCGCUGAUAUUAUAGGGAAAUUAUUCAGGUACGAUGAUUCCAAGAACGCAACAGAGCUUCUUCAAGAGAAUUUACUUUUAAAGUAUUUGGGUUCCGUUCGGUACGAAGAUUUGGUGCUUAAAGAGAUUCUCAAGAAGAUUGAGAGCAAAUUGAGUAGAAGUUGGAUGAUUAUGGUUUCCAAUUGGGAGUUUUCUGAGCUUUUGUCAUCUUCUGAUUUGGAACUAGUAACCAUGGAGAGACUCCUACAAAAGAUAUCUACUUCUGGUGCUACUGCUGGUGCCGGUGGCUCGUAUGUGGUCAACUUGAACAAGAACUUUGUUAUCAACACCAUUAAUUAUGGUAAAUUUGAUAAGAACUUGGCUGUCCCUGAAAUCAAUGAGAUUCAAGUGUCACAUUCUUAUGAUACAACUGUCUAUGACCGGGAGUUUCUUUUGAUGUUGAUCUUGAAUAAUGAAGAGUUGGUGAGAAUAGAGGAUGAUAAUGCUUUGAAGUUUGAUGUGGGUAAAUUGAUAGACUCUGGGAUCUUACAAUUCAUUGUCACUUGUCUCUCUGACCCUUCAGUCAAGACCAUAGCCAUUUCUAUAUUAAGCGGUGUGUUAAGGUCUUUAACCGAGGCAGAAGAUAAGCACAAGAAUAAUAUAAUCCAGGUUUACGUUGCCAAUAUUUUAAACACUGUCAAAAAGAACCAAUUUGAAUUGUUGGCUCCAGUGGCAGUCUUUGCUUAUGCCAGUCUUAUACCCAUCCUAGCCAACCCAGCUCAUUUCUUAUAUGAGAAGAGCUUCCGGUACGUUCUUUCCAAUCCAACAUUGAAGGCCAGUAAUGGAAUAGCUUUAUUCCAUUCCAUAAGCACGGCAUCCACAAAUGACUCGGAGCUUAGUGAAAACGACGAGAGUUACUACCGCCAACUCACUUGGCUCUUACAGAUUUUGAAUACGGGGACUUCUACUACAACAGAUGUCUCCCUUGUUCAGAAAACAGGUGUACUAGAAUGGGCACUCAAUGUUCUCACCAACAAUGAGUACAUUCAGUCCAACAUAAUUGCCGAGGCAUUGAAGCUAUUAGCAACCUUGCAAUCCAUAGAUUACGCUGGAGACUUACUAGUUACCAGAUUUGCAAUAACUACCAGCUUAAACCAGUUGGUAUCCAAUACCAAUCUCCGCAUACAAUUGACCACUAACGAAAGAGAGUUGGCUUCGUUGCAUCAAAUCAAACUCAACGUGGACCAAUUAAUUGCCAGGUUUGCGCUUAUAACCAAAAACUCCCAUCGUCUUAGUCAUUGGGCUUCUAAAGACUUACCCCAUGCAUUAAAGAGAAUCCAUACUGAAGCUAAUUAG